GAUCGAUCUGGCCACCCUCCAACGCUCACCAGGCAACCCUGAGCCGAUCACGCUCUGCACCAUGCUGCAUGAGCUUCUCCUUGCAAUGUCCGGGCACUCCGGCAACGUCUUUUCCCCUUUCCCAGCCGAGGGCCCCAGAACUCAGAGGAUUGAGCCAGACUUUCCAUUUGUCCAUCCAUCAGAAGCUUCUGGACUGAACAGACUUGCCCAGCUCGGAUUCAAGUUCAAUCAGAUCGCGCGAUUCCUGUCCGAGCAACGACACCAAGGCGAUUUCCGUACGAGUACGAGGGAAAAUGCCAAGCUCUUCCUCUCUGCGUUGGUCGGAAGCAUCGAAGCGCAUGUUCUAGAUCCAUACCGCGAGGCGCUCGCUCAGGCAGAGCGAACGGUCCUCUCGUCGAAGCUGUCGGGGCAGCAAUAUGGUCUCCUCUGGAUCCAGAAGGAUUUUGAACAGUUUGAGACCCUAUUUGACUAUAUCCUUGGUCUCGUUAGCGAACUCGACUCCAAUCCAAGUGCAUAUCAUGGCGCCCGUCUCCUCGAUCUCCUCUAUGGCAACUCCAUUACCGGGAUCCCUGAGAUCAUGCGUCUGAUGAUUGAUCUCCGGGGGUCUUGUCUGGCUGUCUUUUAUCGAUUUUUAAUAUCGUGGAUGGCGCACGGAAGGCUCCACGAUCCUUUUGGGGAGUUUUUCAUUUACCAAAACGAAUCGAGGGCCCAAACAGCUCCAGGAAAUGCGACAUCAGCAUGGUUCGCAAAUUAUGGAAUCGCCGAGGAAUUGGUACCGACAAUGCUUACUCAGGCAUCGUGUCACAAAAUUAUGUUUGUUGGCAAGGCCGUAGCUACGAUCCGCCACGCGGCAAGCCCUAAAGCCGAUCUAUAUUUGAAGGAACAUGCCAGUCAAACACAACACGAGCUAAAAUCACUGGUUUGCUGCGCUGAAUUCCGAGGCAUCGAAUUUAGCGCUGUUAUUGAAAGGAUACACCAUCGAGCUGCCUCGAUGCUGUGGGAGAUUGUGGUAUUGGACCAGGACCUGGUUAAUCACCUCUUGGUGUUCAAAAACUAUUUUUUGAUCGGCAAGGGCGAGAUUUUCACGGAUUUUAUAGAAUCUUGCGAGGCACUGCGGACACAAGCGAGCCAACGGCUAGCGAAAAUAACCAGCCACGAUAUCAACAACUCCUUCAGGAGGAUAGUCGCACAAUACGUGACAGAAAGCGAUGGUCCGCACGUUCAUUUGACAUUUCGGCUUCUAAGGAACGAUGAAUCCGGAGGGGGUUUCCCGUCUCCCUUUCGCGACAAGUUGCUUGGGACCCCAUUACAAUUAGAUUACCAUAUUCAAUGGCCCUUGACGAUACUAUUCACAAACGAUGAUAUUCAAAAAUACAACUCGAUCCUGUCAUUUUUGCUGAUAUUGCGUCGAACACAAAUGCGGCUGCAAAAGGUCUGGUCUCUCGAUAACUACUUUCACCGGAGGAUAUCCCGUACAGCAAGUCCUGCCAACACAACGAUCAUCAACCCCCAAUGGUGGCAUCUCCGACGUAGCAUGCUCUUCUUUGUGGACGCAAUUUGGUCCUAUGUUCAAAUGGAUAUUCUUGAUACAAAUUUUCAAGAAAUGAUUACCCGGCUGUCUCGAUGCAAUUCGAGUUAUUCAAAUAUUGAUAGAAGAUCUGGAAGCCUCGCAAUCAAUACGGCAGUCGAUGGGGCAGAUGAUGAGCUCCGACUUGAUCGCCCACCAACGGCCCUCUCUCAGAUUAAUUUUGAAGAGAUACACCGUGCCCAUGCCGACUUUCUAACAGCCGUCGUAAGAGGAACUUUUCUGGAACCAGUGAUGCUUCGACUUGUCGGAGGCACAAUUGUGGAGAUACUGGAUAUGUGUGAGAAGUAUUGUGGGGUGCUUGAUCGAGAGAUCAAGUCUUCAUAUCCAUGCGACAAACCCCAGGCAUCUCGAAGCGCGUUUGCAGAAUCAGCAACAGUUGCACAACUUGCGCUGGAAUUUGAUUCAAAGGUCGCAUUUUUAUUUCGAACGUUCUCGGGGGUUAGAAAUUCAUCACCACAGGCAACGUGUCUCGGCCAGCUCCUGCUGCGAAUUGAUUACAAUCGCUGGUUUUCGCUGAGCAGAGAACCAUAACAAGCUUGACCAGCUGGCGCCAACACGAUAACAAUGCGCCACAAGACGAUGUGAUUGAACCAGUGAGGAGCAUGAGAAAAUGAUGGCCCAAACCGAACGAACAGGAAACCUGUGAGAGCUGUGCAAUAAUUAUCACUUUCGGGUGCUCCGUCUCAAUGAAGCAGCUUGAUGGGAACAAAACAUGACAGCAAUGUCCCUGAGUGUCCACAAUAUCAACCAGAGCCCUUUCUUGUGCUAAUAUUUUUUGGAAGGGGGAGGGAAUGAAGUAACCGAAUUAUCGGUCUCAUGAGACUUGUAAUCUGCUUUUGUUGGAAGGCGUGUUAUUCAAAAACCUAGGGACGAGCAUAGCCUCUACU